UACAGAGAACGUUUGUGUGGGUUUGUUUUCAGUGGCAUUUGCGAUGCAGAGCUCGGAACGGCAGCCUUGGUUUGUUCGUUAGCAUAUUAGCAUUGCUUGCCUUCAGCCGAGCGACGGGAGUAUUUUGUAUUCGCACCUUCUGCAAAACGCCAAUAAAGCACUCACCCAUCGCUUCUCCGAAGCGGUUAACAUAAUCGCAAAAGACAAGAUUUCACGCCAUUUCGGUUGCUUUGGUUUCCCAAUGUUACAUAAUCUCCCUAGCCCUCACUUCGCUGCUUCGUCCACAGUUUUCUUGAUAUAAUACAUGGCGCAUCAGAUCAAUAUCCGUCGAAAUGUUAAGAAAAUGGUAGCGUCCUAAUCCCCCCCCCCCGAUGAUAUAUUGAAGCGUGAAAGUAACUUAAGUUGUUUAUUGCCACGGCGUUUGCUCGCUAGCUCGCUUAGCCACCCGUAGAUAGCCGCACGGUGCUAACAAGUCAGCUUUUGCCCCCCGUAAGUCAGCUGAGUGAGGGCUUUCUAUCAGUUACCCACACGGUACGUAUGACACGAUAGCUACGACAGCAGACUACUGGAGCCUACAAUCAAAGAAUGCUUGCGGCUUAAUGCUACUUUAAUUCUAUUGGCAAACGUCAGCUUCACAACAAGUUCGGAAUAGCGUAGAGAGGCUAUUAGCUAAUUCAAGCACCCUUUGUCCAUAGGCUCAGUGGCGAGCAGCACGAAUAAGUAGGCCACAUAAGUAGUUGUUUUGGGCUUGUUUGCUCUUGAACCCACAACGAUAGUUGCUCACAAUUCUUCGGAUUUGCAUUUGGGACACUUGAAUACCUCUGGCGUUUUGUUUGGAUGUUGAAUGCUUAAAUAGCGCUAAAAUAGGGCAAGGACUCGCUAAUUGUUUAUUCAUCGUGUGAUGUGACCCAGAAUCCACAAUGUGUGAGGACAUUUAGUUCGGAAGAAAACAAUUCUUGAUUCCAGUGGAAUCUUUCAUAUAUAUUAUUAUUAUUAUUAUUAUUAUAUUUUUUUUCUGUCAUAGUUUAUACAUAUUUGCACACACUCGUCCCCACCCACUUAUAAUCAUCAUGCCAGUUCAAGCACCACAGUGGACAGAGUUCCUGCUCUGUCCGAUCUGCACACAAACAUUUGAGGAGACCGUUCGACGGCCCAUCAGUUUGGGCUGUGGACACACCGUCUGCAAGAUGUGCCUGAACAAGCUGCACCGCAAGGCCUGUCCCUUUGACCAAACGGCCAUCAGCACGGACAUCGAGCAGUUGCCUGUCAACACAGCCCUGCUGCAACUGGUGGGAGGCCAGGUUCCUAAGGCUCAGCCAGUUGCCUUGAUUAGCAGUCCUGAGGACACUCAGCACUAUGAGGAGGCGAGGCAGUGCGUGGAGGAGCUGGCCCUCUACCUGAAGCCCCUCAGCAACACGCGAGGGGUUGGUCUGAGCAGCACGACCCAAAGUAUGCUGAGUCGACCCAUGCAGAGGAAACUGGUCACUCUGGUCCACUGCCAGCUAGUGGAAGAGGAGGGCCGCGUCCGGGCCAUGAGGGCCGCCCGCUCUCUGGGUGAGCGAACGGUUACGGAGCUCAUCUUGCAGCACCAGAACCCCCAGCAGUUGUCCUCCAACCUGUGGGCUGCUGUCCGUGCGCGUGGGUGUCAGUUUCUUGGCCCAGCGAUGCAAGAAGAGGCCCUGAAACUGGUCCUCCUUGCACUGGAGGACGGCUCGGCUCUGUCUCGGAAGGUUUUGGUUCUCUUUGUGGUCCAGAGGCUUGAACCUCGCUUUCCACAGGCCUCCAAGACGAGCAUCGGCCAUGUGGUGCAGCUCCUCUACAGGGCCUCCUGCUUCAAGGUGACCAAACGUGACGAAGAUUCAUCCCUCAUGCAACUUAAGGAGGAGUUCCGUACUUACGAGGCUCUGCGGCGCGAGCACGACUCCCAGAUCGUGCAAAUUGCCAUGGAGGGCGGCUUGCGCAUCGCACCCGACCAGUGGUCUUCUCUCUUAUAUGGCGACCAGUCGCACAAAUCACACAUGCAGUCUAUCAUAGAUAAGCUGCAGACCCCAGCGUCCUUUGCCCAGAGUGUCCAAGAGCUCACAAUUGCCCUGCAGAGGACUGGAGACCCAGCCAACCUUAACAGGCUGCGGCCUCACCUUGAACUGCUCGCCAACAUUGAUCCCAGCCCCGACGCUCCCCCUCCCACGUGGGAGCAGCUCGAGAAGGGCUUGGUGGCGGUGAAGACGGUCGUGCAUGGACUUGUGGACUUCAUCCAGAACCACAGCAAGAAAGGAGCUGACCCUCAACAGCCUCCUCAACACAGCAAGUACAAGACGUACAUGUGCCGUGACAUGAAACUGAAAGGCGGCUGUCCCCGUGGAGCGAGCUGCACCUUUGCUCACUCUCAGGAAGAACUGGAGAAAUAUCGAAAGAUGAAUAAGCGCUUGGCAGCUCGCCUCCCCGGUUCAGGCGGCCCAGAAGAGGGACUUUCCCUCGACGUGGCCAUGACCAGGAAGCCUUCGCCCCUCACUAACGGGAGCAUUGCACCCUCCCUGCCCCAGCUCAUCGCUCGCGGUGCAGACACGGUCCCAUAUGAACUGCUGCGGAAGCCCCUCAUGGACGGAGGGAGUCCAAGUGCCCCGGGAUCACCACCUGACCUGCUGGACCCUGUGCCCAAGACUGGUAUACCUCUGCCACCUCAUGCCCUGGCUCACCCGCGGAUGGCUCCAGAGCAUCUCUCCGGUGUGAAACAAAUGCCUGUCGCCCGAGGUUCGCCCGUGUAUCCCCAGCAGCAGCUCCCUGAGAUGUUUUACUCUGACACGCGACCCCCACCAUCUGCUUCCCAGUAUGAGCCACCACAGUAUCCACCAGGGUACCCCUACCAGCAGCCACCGCAGUAUGUUUCUCGGGAUUACAUCCGUAACCCUCCACCCCCUAGCGACUCAGGAGCACCUUACCACGACCCAUAUCCUGGUUACGGCCCAUCAGAGCGCCCUUACCAGUCCCCCCACUCGGGUCCCCCCUUUUCGUACCCUCACCCGUCACACUAUGAACGUGUACGCCACGGGGCCUACACUGGCCCGCCGCCUCCCACGCAGCCUUACCCAUCUCAGAGGGAUGGUCUCGUCAGGAUAAGCUCCACGCCAUUGGAUGUUUCCCCGCAAUCAGCCGGACAGACUAACUCCAUGUACCACCACGAGCCCAGUGUGCGGGAUAGAUACCCGGCCGAAAGCUACUACCCACCUGGGGCCCAAUCACAAACCAUGAGGACUUGUGUCAGGGCAUCAUAUGCCGGGUCCCAGCCCAGUCUGGACUAUCUCCACCGCCGCCGCCUGGAGCUCCUCUCGCAGCUGGAGGAAAGGAAAGUCAUCUCUCCUCCACCCUUUGCCGCCUCCCCUACACUCUCGCACCCGUUUCCCAGCGACUACCCUCCUGAGUAUGGCGACGAGAGCUCCAAUAGCAUCGGGAAAUGCAGAGAGCCAGACUACGCUGGCCAAUACUCGCCCUGGUCGUGUGAUACCAUUAGCUCCUACAUUGGCUCUAAGGAUGCCAAACCCAAAGAUGUUAUGGUUCCUGAUACCAUGGACAUGAUGAAUGUGGACGCUAAGGUUCUGAGGGAACCAUCGCUGGAGGCUCCUCGCAGGGGGGCAGAAGUGAAGGACGACGACCCCAUUAUUCCAUUUGGUCCCCAGCCCACCGUGUCACGCUUUGGUGCCAUCUCCCGUACCUCCAAGACGGGUUACCAGACCGGCCCUGUCCAAGCUAUGGUCUCCACAACCCAGAACCCAAACUCUAAACACAUGUCCAUGGCCGAAUACAUGUAUGGAAGCCAUGCAGGGUGGGGCGGAACCUCGUACCCUUCCCACCAGGCAGCCCAGGACAGAGAACAGUUAAAGAUUGAGCUGCAGCAGGUCAACCAGCAGAUCAACCAACAGACGCAGAUGCAAAGCAUGGAGUCUGCCAGUAACCCUUUACUGCUGCAGAGAGAAGCCAGUGCCUUAGCAGGCCCGCCGGUGACCAGCAGCCAAGUUCAGGCUGCCGCCGCCGCUCAGUCGCAGCAGGGCCCCAAGUGGCCAACAGGGGGGGCCAGUGCUGCGGCAGUCUCCAGCGAACAGCUAAGCCUGGAGCUCCACCAGGUGGAGAGAGAGAUUGGAAAACGCACCCGUGAAAUGGCUCUGGAGAACCAAGUGGCCCACGAGGUCCAGCAGUACAAGAUGAAAUCGGCUGAGAAUGGACAGCCUGAGCACAAGACUCAGCUGGAAGAAAUCUCCCUUGCGCUCGGUGAGGUGUCAAACGGCUCCAGUAGUCUGCAAGAAGGUGCAGUGGGCGGGUCCAUGCUGUCACUGACAAACAAGACGUCUACGAUGAGCCUGUGUGCUGACCCGGUCGGCACGGGCUCAGAAACGCAGAAGAACGGGGUUGUCCAUUCCUGCUCUUAAGCAGUACACACACACACACACACACACACAGAAGAUGCUCUGUUAAAAAGCAUGCACAGGCAUACAUACACAUUCGAUUUAGAAGAUGAGCAGUAUCUGCCGUGAUAUGUAUUUUCUUUCUUUUUGUUCUGUGAAUGAGCUUUUUUUUUUUUCUUUUAAUAAUUAAUGACUUUCCUCGCCUGGAAACCAGAGCAAAUGUUAACAUUUCUUUGUGUGUUUUUGUUGUUCCUUCUCUUUUUUUCCCCCCUUUGAAUUCUAGACUUAACAAGGCUCACAUUCAGGAAGAGGAACAGGGUGGUGAUGGUGACAGUGGCACUGAAAAGGGAAUCACUUGUCCCACCUCUGAACGCCCCCCCCCCCACACACACACACACACACACAAACACACUCAACAUUCUUAUCACAUGGCGUGCAAAACAACAAUAACAGAAAAACGGUUACCGAGGCAAGCAGCCUCCGGAUUCUAUCGCCAUACUUACGCGUGGAGGAGAGCAGCAACUCGCACGUCAGACCUACCCCCCCCCCCCCCCCGAAUUGUUUAAAAAAAAACACAGAAAAGAAAAGUGGUUGCACAGAUCCAGAUGGUCUGGGAAGGGAAAGAACACCACCUGACUGCCACGAGAAGCAUGAAAUAUUUUAUUUUUUUUAAUGAAUGCAUUUUUAGGAUGUCUUGUCUUUUUUUUUUUUUGCAUACUUAACAGCAGUAUAUUAAAUAUUUAAUGGAAGCAUUCUGUUUUAAAGAUUGCAUCUUUGUUGAUAAGGGAAUGUGCUUCUUCCUCACCCACUGUGGUCACAAUCUUGCACCCCCCCAAAAAAAAAAACAAAACAUAAAGCAAAAGUGCUUUAGCUGAAAGCACGUCCUCAGGCCGACUGCAUCCUCCUGCAUCAAGGUCAAACUUGACAGAUGAGACUUUCCCUCCUCAGAGCUUCUCGUCUGGCCACUCACAAAAAGCCUCCCCAUUGGGAUGAUCUCAUCACGUGGUCGCCUAACUUCUAUGAAGUUGCCCCCCCUUUUUUAUUUUUGGGUUUUCAUGCUUUACAUUGUUAGGGUUUUGGGGGACAGGGAAGCUCAGGCAGGCUGUUUUGUGUGCACUCCAAACCAUCAGGAACUGCCAGGAAAUGUUUUCACAGCAGCAGCGUUCACUGCACAUAUUUCAGAAUCAUCACAUGCUCCAGUGCUGUCAUCAUCACCACCGCCAUCAUCACCACUAGGCGAGGCGCUCUGUUACGUUUACUGCCGUCACAUGACACAGAGGCCGCCACGGAGUCUGUUGGAGGUGGACGCCAAUGUUUUUUUUUGUGUCCGGAGCUCUUCUCGAUACCCCCCUGUUUUUAACCCCUCCGCAAAGUGCUACAUUUAUCGUUUAGGUACACAGCUCACUUAUACAUACGAGUAUGUAUACAUACAUUAAUAUACUAAAGCACUAUUAACGUGCCACCUCUUAUUCUACUCGCUCAGCAUUUAUAUUAAAUGAUCUCUACUUUAGAAUCGAGAUGUUUUUUUGUUUUGGUUUUUUUUGUUUUGGUUUUGACGGUUUAUUUUUCUGUCCACUGGUUGCCAACACAGACUUUAUCCUUUCCCAGACGAAGGACUUUCUGUGCGCAUUUGACGUGUGUUCACUUAAAUCUUUUGUGUUCAAACAAAGAUAAGACUAUGCUUCCGAAGAAGACAAAAACAAUUCUGUAACUUUUGGGGGAGGGAGGGGGAGAAUUUUUUUGAGGGGGGACUUUAAUGGAGCUUUGUGUGUGUUUGUUGUAUUGUAGAAAAUGUACCCUCGGUUUUUUCCCCCUUUUUAAUUUCCUUUGCCCUCAAAUUGUGCUGUAAUUGAUGAAGAUGAGAAAAGCGUUCACAUCGCCCCUGAAGAGAAUACCCAGCAAGAUGACUUAAAGACUGACCUCGGAUCAUCCUCAUAUUUCUAAAUAUUAAGGCCUAAGUGGUAUGAUGCCGCAAUGUCAUAAUUGCCCCUUUAUAAACAAUGAAAUACUGCCAAAACAAUUUUUUUUUCAAGGAACUGUUUUUGGCCCUUUUUUUUUUUUUUUUUUUUUUUGCUUUCUGCAAUAGAAUGACUGUGACCUGCAAAUCAACAGCUGCUGUACUUGGGUAACAUUCACAGUCAUUUAAAAAAAAUUUAUGCUCUCCGUUGAGCUGUUUUUGUCACUUUAUCAAAGUACAAGUCAACAAAAAAAAAACUCUGCCUGACUGCUCUCCCAACACCUUUUAGUUUGGACGUCAUCACAUUUGGGGCUUGACCACAUCGCGAAAAGCAAGACAUGCUGAUUUGAUGUUUCCGAGGGGAACUGCUGCCUACUGCCCCCUAACUGACAUUGCCCAGUUAAAUUCCUCAACUCCCUCUCUUUUUUUUUUUUUUUUUUUUUUUUUUAACCUGAGCUGUGUUACCGCUGUUUGAGGCUCGCCUUUUAUUUCACUGACUUAGUGGGCAACAAAAAUUGCAAAAUGAUUUAUUUUAUUUUUUAUGAUUGCUUCCCUUGUAAAAAUAAAAGUUAAAAAAAUCUCUUAAAUUAAGGUACAGGUUUAAUUUCAGCAAGAAAAAAAAAAGGUUUUAUAUGUAUAUUAUACUCCAUUAAGGAAUGUCUAGAAUUAUCUUCCUCCAAUGUGGAUGUAGCCAUUACGACGCCAUUUUGACUUUGUAAGAGAAUUCACUGUGUGAAAAUUGGUUUGCAUUUUUGUAUAAUACAAUCUGCUUUUUUGUUUGUUUGUUUGAUACGAGCAAGAGGUCAAACUGGAAGUUUGAGGAGGAAAAAAAUAAAAUGAACCUGUGAAAUUUGACACAAAAUGUAACUUAUAUACUACAGUGAUUCCGAGUUUAGGGGGGAAAAGAUUAAAUGAGAUUGCUAACUCUUGA